GGUUGACAGUGCGUAAUUUCCGUUUUCUCUAACAAUUUUCCCUCAGUUGGCAUCACUGACUGUUCCUUUCUUCCUGCACAUGGCGUGUUUCUAGAAUCACGAGAUAUUAAUUACACUUGAGACAAAAGUAAAAAAAGAAAUAAAACAGAAAUAUGCCGCAAAACGAAUACGUAGAACGUCACCGUAAACUUUACGGACGUCGUCUCGAUUAUGAGGAGCGUAAACGUAAACGUGAGGCACGUGCCCCUCAUAAACUUGCUGAAAAAGCGCGUACAUUACGCGGUAUUAAGGCAAAAAUUUUCAACAAAGAAAGACGCAAUGAAAAAAUUCAAAUGAAACGCAAAAUUAAAGCACACGAGGAGAAAAAGGGCAAAAAAGAAAAUGAAUUACCAAAUAAGGGAGCAAUUCCACACUAUUUACUUGAUCGUAACAUUACAAAUAAUACAAAAGUCCUUUCAAAUAUGAUAAAACAAAAACGUAAAGAAAAAGCUGGCAAAUGGGAUGUGCCAAUACCAAAAACACGAACACAAUCGGACGCUGAGGUAUUUCGUGUAUUGCGAAGUGGAAAAACAAAGAGAAAAUCAUGGAAACGAAUGGUGACAAAGGUGACAUAUGUGGGCGAAAGUUUUACACGUAAACCACCAAAAUUCGAACGUUUCAUAAGACCAAUGGCGUUACGUUUUAAAAAAGCACACGUAACACAUCCCGAAUUAAAGGCAACAUUUCAAUUGCCAAUAAUUGGCGUCAAGAGAAAUCCAAAUUCAUCAUUAUUCACGACACUUGGAGUUAUUACAAAGGGCACUGUCAUCGAAGUGAAUAUUUCCGAAUUGGGUCUUGUCACGCAAACGGGAAAAAUUGUUUGGGGCAAAUAUGCCCAAGUCACUAAUAAUCCGGAAAAUGAUGGUUGCAUCAAUGCUGUUCUUCUCACAUGAUGAAAAAAAAAUUAUUUUUUUAUUUUAAUAUCUCGUCGAAAUCAAUAAAAUUUGAAAAAAAAAAAUAAUCCGAUUGUUUCUGUUAUUUUUGUGCUUUUUUUAUUAAAAUUAUUUUUUUUUUUAACUGUU